CUUCGUGGGGCGCACCCGUCUCCUCUCUCUCUCCUCUCUGUGUUCCCUCUCGCUCCCUUGCCCUCUCUACGCCAGUACGCCUUCUCCGAAGCCGCCAUUCCCAAGAGCAGCAGCAGCAGCAGCAGCAGCUGAGCUCGUCGCCCCAGGACGCAGCGCCACCGGCACCACUCCGCCGCCGCUUGCCCCUCUCACACGCGUGGAGAUCCGGGCCGGCAUUUCCUGGGUGGGCACUGGUUGCUGCGCUUGUUACUAAAAAAAGGCGCCUGCUUUUUUUUGGAGCUCCCCGGUGCUCUCAUCUCGGAAGACGUUCAGUGAAAGGUGUGGGUAUUGUACUUUGACUUGCCUGCCCAGGAUGCCCCUGCCGGCGACGGACUGAGUUGGCGUACUCCUUGUCUGCCAGUGUUGAAUCAGUCUAAUUGGGCCAUGGGGUCGUCUGGCUGUAGCUCUGAGAUAGUUGAGUCCACCGAGGAAUUCGACAGUACACCCUUUGGUGGAUCCAGCUUGCUGCAUAUUAAACUCAAAGAUGAAGAGAAGCGCGGCAAAUGUCAUGAUUAUCCUGUGGAAGAUGACCUCGACCAGCUUCUUAAAGCUAUUGAUAGCAGGACCUUCCGAAGGGCGCUUAGUCCUGGCAGCACAGGUGGAAAUGCGCUGGGGAAUAGUGUUCUCAAGAAACCAGCUAGGUCUGGGUUGUCUCAAAGUGCAGGCAUCGGGAUAUCCUCUAAGACUGUUAAUAUGAAGCAAGCGCUGAGAAGGCUAUGCAUUUCCCAGGCAUCGGAAAUGGCUGCAAUGAAGAGGUUGUCGAUGUCACCUGGAUCUUCAAGUUCAUCCGAAGCUGGGACUAUCCACAGGCUUUAUGCCUCUUUGAUGGUCCAAAGUAGUUCUGAGGGUCUUCUGCAUGAUGAUGAGAAGAUGAACCUGAUUGAAAUAUCGCUCACUCCAGAGAAGAUUGGUUCAUCUAGAGGUACGAGUGAGUUCAGCGAAGACUGUGAAUUUGAGACAGCUGAUGGAAGUGCAGUCACCUCUACCUCUAUCUGUUCUGCUUCGUCAACCUCCGCUGAGAUUAGGAAGAUCAGAAUCCAAGAUGUAAUCAGUGGUGACCCUAUGGAUAAUGAGAGUUCCUUGGUGGAAAAUGGUAAACUAGGAAGUAAAUUUUCUGUAGCUACUGAUGAUGGCUCUCCCAGAGUCCCAAUCUUGAGCAAACCUAUCACUACAUCCCGACUUGUGAAGCCAGUCUUUCGAUGCAAGCCUUCUGGUAAGAAGAAAGUGAAAGAAGAACCAUCUUCGUUGGGUGAUUCCUCCAAUAGUACUAAAUUCUGCUCUUCAAAGGAGUCAAUCUCCCUCGCAUCAACCAGCUGCUCUUCAACAUCUAGUGUUACAAAUCCCACCAGCUGUGCAGAAGAAGAGAAAUCAACUCCAGGACCAGAAAAAUCUGAUGGAACAUCUUCUGAGUGGUUGGCAGAGGAAAAGGGCGAGUGUUCCCAGAAUUCAAAGAGCAGUAUUAGUGAGUAUGGUUGUAGCACAAGUAUCAGCGGCGAGAGCCAAUUUGGAUUGUGUGGCUAUAGUAACAGGCCACACAUGGCAAAGGAUCUGCGGUGGCUAACCAUUCGUCAGUUGGCAUUGCAACAGGGUUCCUUAGGACUCGACAAUUUCAAGCUUCUGAAGAGGCUUGGUUGUGGGGACAUUGGGACUGUAUAUCUUGCUGAGUUGGUUGAUUCAGAUUGCUUAUUUGCUUUGAAGGUUAUGGACAUUGAGUACCUUAUUAAUAGAAAGAAGAUGCUACGAGCACAAGCUGAGAGGGAGAUAUUAGAAAUGCUAGAUCAUCCAUUUCUCCCGACUCUUUAUGCCCAUUUUACCACGGACAAUCUCUCAUGUUUGGUCAUGGAGUACUGUCCAGGCGGUGAUUUGCAUGUUCUUCGUCAAAGACAACCUGGAAAAAGCUUUCCAGAGCCAGCAGCAAGGUUUUAUGUUGCAGAAGUUCUCCUUGCUUUGGAAUAUCUUCACAUGCUAGGGGUCAUAUACCGUGAUCUAAAGCCGGAGAACAUUCUAGUCCGUGAAGAUGGGCAUAUAAUGUUAUCAGACUUUGACCUUUCACUGAGGUGCUCAGUGAAUCCAGUGCUCCUUCGGUCAUCUUCUAUUACAGCAAAUCACCAACCAAGGAAACUUACAGGACCUUGUGCAGAGAACUACUGCAUCAAUUCGUCUUGCCUCCAGCAACCCUCUUGUGCCCAAACAUCUUGCUUCACACCACGACUACCAUCAAUUCCAAAGCCUCGGAAGCCCAAGUCCUCCCAGAAAAGGCUUCCUCAGCUUGUUGUAGAGCCUACUGAUGCACGCUCUAAUUCCUUUGUUGGCACACAUGAGUACCUUGCACCAGAAAUCAUCAAAGGGGAUGGCCAUGGAAGUGCUGUUGACUGGUGGACCUUUGGCGUCUUCCUUUAUGAACUUUUAUAUGGCAAGACACCCUUCAGAGGACCUGGGAAUGAUGAAACAUUGGCAAAUGUGGUCUCACAGAAUCUCCGGUUCCCAGACAAUCCAUCUGUGAGCAGCAACGCCAAAGAUCUGAUCAGAGGUUUACUGGUGAAGGAGCCUGAGAACAGAUUUGGAUCGUUGAGAGGAGCUGCUGAAAUCAAGCAGCACCCUUUCUUUGAAGGAUUGAAUUGGGCUCUGAUUCGUUCUGCUGCUCCUCCAGAGACACAACCUUGCAACGUCGUGACUCUUGCCAAAGAGCGGAAGAAAGAAGGCAAAUGCCUGGAGUUCAGAAGCAACUCCGAGGACCUUGAAUUUGAAGUUUUUUAGUGUGGUUCUGGUACAGUUUAGCACCAUUUCCGCUGAUAUAGCCUACAUUUUUUUCUUUGAGUAGCCAAAGGCUGGGGGUGUACAUGUAGAUUCCUGUAUUUCAGUAACUGCUAUGUCCCUGUCAAUAGCAUCACCAAAUUGAAAAGAAUAAGCACAGCUUAUGCUAUUAUUAUCAUUGCUGCUGCAUAUGAAUUGGUUCCUAUUGGAGGCUAAGUAAAUUUCACUUUCACGAACC